CACCGGGAUGCGAUGGCGAGAGAGAAGGUGCCCCUGACCGUGGAUUUAGGGUUUGGGGGGAAAGGGGAUGGUGAGGGAGGAAGGCGAAGGAGGUGCCAAGCGGCCGCCGGAAGGGCCGCCCUGCGAUCACUGCGGCGCGGCGGCAGUCGCUGUGCUCUAUUGCCAGGCCGACUCCGCCAGGCUCUGCCUCGCCUGCGAUGUUGAUGUCCACGCCGCCAACUCUCUGGCGCAGAGGCACGCCCGCGCUCCGAUCUGUGACAACUGCACCUCCGCUCCGGCUGUCGCCCUCUGCGCGGCUGACGGCCUCGCUCUAUGUGCCGCUUGCGACGCUGAUACCCACGCGGCCUUCGGAUCUUCCACCCACCCCCGCGGGUCUCUACAGAGCUUCUCCGGUUGCCCCUCUGCGGGCGAUCUCGCUGCAUCAUGGGGCUUCGACCUCCCGGCGAGGGUCCAGCACCCGUGUGUUCCAAGCCAUUUGAUUUCCAGCGACGAGUGGUUCUCCCUUGACGCCACAUCGACCGUUGAUCCUUCAUUUUUAGAACUUUACGUUCCGUGUCCUGAGAAACAGCAUAUUUCGAUGGCGUCCAGUGGAAAGGGGAGACACGCGUUGAUGAGGCAAUUGACUGAGCUGAUCGCGAGAGAGUCAGCAGGGACUAGCAAGCGUAGGCCUGAGACGCCGAGUAGAAAAAACAGACUUUGGGAGGAGGAGGAGGAGGAGGAGGAGGAAGAAGAAGAAGAUGGAGAAGAAGAAGAAAAAGAACAGGAAAAUGGAUUGGAAACUGAGCCGAUAGGGUUCACUUCUUUGCUCAUGAUCAAACCCUCGCCAUGUAUGGCUCUCAGAGGGAGCAAUCGGCUUUUGCAAGGAGAAAGCUUGGUUUUGGGUCACAAUUCCUUGGAUCAUUCUCCUCAGAUAUGGGAUUUUAAUUCUGGAAGGUUAAGGAAUCAGUUUGAAUACCCAUCAUUUGAAGUUGGAUUCGGUACAAAUUCCACUGGUUUUGCAAUCAAAAGUUAUGGUGAACUUCUUGCAGAAAGUUCGCUUGGAGCUACAGACCAAACAAUAGAGGAUAUAUGUGAGACAAACUAUCAUUCAGCAAGUGAGCUGAAAAAGGCUGAUAUGACCAGCAGAUGUAACAAAAAUGUAAAGAAAGCAGUUGCCCAAGGCGGGUCCACCUCAGAUAUGGUUAGGCCUGUUGGUCCAUCAAAUCACUCUGGAUCUACUGGAAAUAGUAAAGAAAUGUUGAAUGCAAACAAGCAAAGUGAUGAAUAUUUGUUGGCACGAAACAGGGGCAAUGCUAUGCUUCGAUACAAAGAGAAAAAGAAGACUCGAAGAUAUGAUAAGCACAUCAGGUAUGAAUCCAGGAAGCUGAGAGCUGACACAAGGAAACGAGUGAAAGGUCGUUUUGUCAAAUCUUCUGAAGGAUAAAAUGCCGUCAAAACUCCAUUCGAGAAAUUGCAGUCAAAUUUCUUUUCUUAAUUGUAAGUAUGUGAUAUAAACUGUUGUUUGUGUGGAUCUGUGUCUUCAGACAAAUGCAAAUUGUACUUGAUGAGUCAUGUAGUCGUGCUUGCCUGUUUAGCUACAGCAAGUCUGCCCCAGAGGAGUGUAAAUUGAGUCUUUUCUUCCUCAUAAUACUUGAUGAGUAAUGUAGACGUGCUUGCCUGUUUAGCUACAGCAUAUCUCUCGCUGAUGACGGUAAAUUGAGUCUUCUCUUCCUCA